CUUGACCUGUCUAUACCCACACAGUACUAUGACGAGGACCGCAACGGCCGCGUCAGCCGCCACGAGUACACCGACUACAUCGACCUCCACACCCCCGCCCUACACUCCAUCUCCCACGCCCUGUACGACGUCUACGACGUGGACAGCGACCACCAGCUGGACCACCACGACUUCGAGAACUUCUUCAGCCUGAUGGACGGCAACGACAACGGUGUGGUCAGCCACGAGGAGUUUGUCCGGUGA